CUUUGGUUGCAAGUACGAUGUUUGCCUGUGAUCAAGAAAACUCUAUAUCUACCAGCUAUAGAUACUUUUGGAAUUUUAAUCCUGCUUGAUUGCAAUUUCGUCUUGAAUGGAUCAUUAGGAUCGCUAAGCAAUGACUAGAGUUAAAAAUAUUUAAUUACUGAUGGGUUCCUGUCAGCAUUUGCUACAUACCUAAUCUGCACGCGCAAAAAAACUUUAUAACUAACCAUCACAACAGCCAAGGUCAAUACUUGCAAAAACUCAACCUUCACAACACAACAACAAUGACAUUCAUCGCUAUUAUUGAUUCAAAAUCCCACCACCUUAUGUGGUCAAAGUCAAUCCUUUCCUUAUCUGCCAUUUCCGAAUUCAUAAAGUUUGUCAUUACCAAGAAUUCUUUCUCAAUAUCUGCCGUCAAUAACAGUAAUACAUCCCAUGCAGAAAUAAUCUUCAAAAGUAGCUUUUUCAAUGAAUAUCACGUUGACUUUAGUGGAAUACUACCCGAAGGAUACGAGGAAGGUAUAGAGGAUAUAGAUUCCGAUGACCAAUCAUCAUACUCAUUCAUUGUCAACUCUCGUCAUUUGGCAACAGUAUUCAGAACUAUAGAACCUAGUACAUUAUUAUACGUCUGUUUCAAGAUAAAUUGGAGAAUAGAUUCAUCUAUAAGUCAAAGAUACAAACUUUCCAUUGAGAUCAAGACAAAGAAACUAAUUAUCAAGAAAUAUCAAACGAGUUAUCAGCCAGUGCUACGUGGGAAUAUGCAUAUUGUACAACUGUAUAAGAAACAACUAUAUGAUCAACCACAUGACAGCUUUGAUGGUCCCAAUAGGAUUAAUCACUUGGUGAUAGAUCAACUCAUACCGAAGCAAUUUCUUGAAAUGGUACCUCCCUCAGCAGAAGAUUUCAAAAUAGAUAUUAAAAAUGGGAAAAUCCUGUUUAGUGGAUAUACCAAGCAAAUCAUUAAGGAUAGAGAUUAUCUUAAACAACCCAUGGCAGUAACUGUCACUAUUAGUUUAGAAGAUUUAAUUGAUAGUAACUUAAUCACAACCGGGACUGACCCUAUUAAGAAAUGUAUCAAUUUCCGAUUACGAGAUUUUAAAAAUUUCUUGAAUUUGAUUAAUUUCUUCACAUCUUCCAAUUCGCAAAAGGAUCAAUUUGAUGAGAACUAUAUGACCCUACCAUCAGCAGAUAACUUUGAUAUGUUCUUUCGUAAUGCUGGUGAUCCGAUUUUAUUUGAGCUACAAAAUAGCAAUCAUGUUUCCAUUCAAUAUAUUCAAAUUACAUCCGACGAUAAGGCAACCGACAUAGAGGCAAAACAAGUCAAUGUCAAUAUAACCAAGAGGCAGAGCAUGUCAUUACAAUCUCACAUCAUACAAAGAAUAGAGAAUCGAGAUAUCGCAAAUAGCAGAUCAACAUCAGCUUCACCAAUGAAGAAUAAUUCACUGAUUCGUACACCCGUGAGUAAAUUACCAUCAACAAGCAGCCUUCGUCACUCAAUACGUUUACCAAGUGGCUGGAGAACUCCUGAACGUGAUCUAAAUUCAGAUUUCGGUGGCAACAAUGAUGAGGAGUAUAUAACUUAUGGAAAGGAGCCGUCUCCUUUGAAGCAUAGCAAGACACCAUUAAAGCAGAAUUCUGCAGAUGCAGAUACUGACUACAGUGAUUCAGAAGAUGAACCACCAAGAAAGCGUUCAAAUAUUGUAGAGGAGGAUGGUUUUGGUCCUACCCAACUUGGUAAUAAACCAAAGUCUAUAUUUUAAUUCGCUAUGUAAGAUUAUAAGUUUCCCCAUACUUGUCUGCUAAACCUCCAUAGCUUACAUGACCACUCCAUGGUAAAUCGGUUGAUAAGUACUUUACAGGUGGUAAUUUGAAGGGCAACCUUAUGGGUAUAUUCUUGGAUUUUGGUAUUGAAUCACCUAGGUAAUUCGGCACAAGAGUUUCCCCUGGUUUUGGAUAAACCAAUACUCCUAAUUCGUAACUAGAUAUGUCAUAUAUUGAAGGAUUCAGGCUGAGAAAUUUAUUCCCUCUUCUACUACCCCAGGCUUGUUUGGAGAGAUUGUGACUUCCCAUGUAUACCCACUUCAAAGUUGACCAAUUAUCACCAUUAUCACACAUGUAUAAUUUAACAUGGGGCAUUACUUUCUCCCUUCCCGUAAUUGUCUCUCUGGAACUCCAUUUGUGUAAAUACGGUUUAAUACAUUGUUGGUAGUAGUUCUUAUGUACAAAGCUCCUAUUGUAGUCGAAAUGUAUGGCUCCUCCAGCACGAAAUCCAACAUUACUACCAGCGACUUCCUCAGGAGUUGGAAAUAUUAUAAUUGGGUUGUAGUUGUGGUCCUUUUGAUGUUGCCUGAAACUGUUUGUACCUGGUUCAAGUAGUUUGAACUCUUCUUUCUUCGAAAACACUAAUGGACAAAGCAAAUGAGAGAAAAUACCGGCUGUUUGAAAUGUUUCAACUGCAAACGGAUACGAAAUAGCUGACACUUGUGCAAUUAUGUUAUAUUUCAAUUUGCUAAUACUGUUGUCUAUUAAUAGUGAGUUUCUUUUCAAUGCUUGGUGUAGUUUUCCAUAUCCGUAAAUUUCAGUUUCAUUUGUAACAUCUCUAAGAUUGUAACUUCCUGGAGCUGAGGCAAUUAAUUCAACAUUAACAGACAGAAAAUCAUAUUGUUUUAAUCUUUUUGAUAAUUGCGUAAUCUCUACCUUGUUAUAUUUAUUCAAAUAAUUCAUGAGAUCUUUUUGAAAUCGCUUCCCAACCAAUGGAAUCGUUUUGGGUUUGAUUUUCAGCAAUCUUCCCGAUCUCCACAACAUCUGUGUUAAUCCUCCAAAAUCCAAUCUUGUGAUAUUACUAGACAUAAUCACAAUCUCCAUAGUGUCACCUUUAAAGAAAUUAAUCAUCAUUUUCGUGUGGUGAGUCCCAAACCUAUUCGGUAUAUCAGCGGUUAUUUCCAGGAUAUUGUAGCCUUCAAAUAUUGGUCUAUCUUCAGGGUCUUCUAAAUGAUGACCUCCUGUGAUAAGUACUAAUUUCUUUUUCUCUUUCUUGAAACUAGGAUGAAGGAAUUCCAAGAAAAACGGAACGUCAACACUGAAAUUGAAUUGAUACGUCUCCAUGAGCUCUUCUGACCCAAUUAAGUCUGCAAUUCGAACAGCAUCUUUGUUGACUUGUGAUAACUCAUUGUCAGGGUAGCUUGGAUUGUAGAGAAGUCUAAUUGGAGAUUUCGGAUGGUUAACUUCCUCCACUGGUUCCUCUUCUUGUUCUUCUUCUUCUUCAGACAGAAUUUCAAUCACAUCACAUUUCUCGCUCUUCUU